CUACAAGUGACAGUCAGUCGAUUAGACUUUGCAUCCACUUGAGUUUGACAAUUGAUAUAUUCCACUAGAGACAAUGAGUGCUGACGAAAAAGUCGCUGCUGCCGGCCAGGACGGCUUGUUUGAACACAACAGUUCCACUUCGAGCAUCGAGGACAAGAAGCCCUCCAAGAGCUCCGAUGUCGAUUCCGUGAACUCGCAAUUAGUAGACAACUCGGUAGAGGGCAACAUCUUGUCCCAGUACACCGAAAGUCAGGUGAUGCAGAUGGGUAGAAGCUAUGCCACCAAGCACGGCUUGGACCCAGAAUUGUUCGCCAAGGCAGCUGCUGUUGCCAGAACUCCUCUUGGUUUCAACUCCAUGCCCUUCUUGACAGAGGAAGAGAAGGUUGGUUUGAAUGCCGAAGCCACUAAUAAGUGGCACAUUCCACCCAGAUUGAUCGGGGUUAUUGCCUUGGGUUCUAUGGCCGCUGCUGUGCAGGGUAUGGACGAAUCGGUCAUUAACGGUGCCAACUUGUUCUACCCCAAGGCUUUCGGAGUCGACACCAUGCACAAUUCGGACUUGAUUGAAGGUUUGAUCAAUGGUGCUCCUUACCUUUGCUGUGGUAUUCUUUCCUGUUGGUUGUCUGACGCUUGUAACCGUCGUCUUGGUAGAAAAUGGACCAUUUUCUGGUGUUGUGUCAUUUCUGCCAUCACCUGUGUCUGGCAAGGUCUUGUCAACAACUGGUACCAUUUGUUCAUUGCUCGUUUCUUCCUUGGAUUUGGUGUUGGUAUCAAGUCCGCCACUGUUCCUGCCUACUCUGCCGAAUGUACUCCUAAACACAUCAGAGGUUCGUUAGUCAUGUUGUGGCAAUUCUUCACAGCUGUUGGUAUUAUGUUUGGUUAUGUUGCUUCCUUGGCUUUCUACAAUGUCGGAGAUAGAGGAAUCCAUUACGGGUUGAACUGGAGAUUGAUGCUUGGUUCGGCCGCUAUUCCUGCUGUCAUCAUCUUGUUCCAAAUUCCUUUCGCUCCUGAAUCUCCACGUUGGUUAAUGGGUAAGGACAGACACCUUGAAGCCUUUGAGUCCUUGAAGCAAUUGAGAUACGAAGAACUUGCUGCUGCUCGUGACUGUUUCUACCAGUACGUCUUGUUAGCUGAAGAAGGUUCUUACAAGAUCCCAACCCUCACCAGAUUUAAGGAAAUGUUCACCAAGAGAAGAAACAGAAACGGUGCCAUCGGUGCAUUUAUUGUCAUGUUCAUGCAACAGUUCUGUGGUAUCAACGUCAUUGCUUACUACUCUUCGUCUAUCUUUGUCCAAUCUGGUUUCUCUCAAACUUCUGCUUUGAUCGCUUCUUGGGGUUUCGGUAUGCUUAACUUCACCUUUGCCAUUCCUGCCUUCUUCACAAUCGAUCGUUUCGGUAGAAGAUCCUUAUUGUUGGUUACCUUCCCCUUGAUGGCUAUUUUCUUAUUGAUUGCCGGUUUCGGUUUCUUGAUAAACGAAGAAACAAACUCCAAGGGAAGAUUGGGAAUGAUCAUCAUCGGUAUCUAUAUGUUCACCAUCUGUUACUCUUCCGGUGAAGGUCCAGUUCCUUUCACCUACUCUGCCGAAGCCUUCCCAUUGUACAUCAGAGACUUGGGUAUGUCUUUUGCUACUGCCACCUGUUGGACUUUCAACUUCAUCUUGGCCUUCACCUGGAACAGAUUGGUCAAUGCAUUCACAUCUACUGGUGCCUUCGGCUUCUACGCUGCUUGGAACAUCAUUGGUUUCUUCUUGGUCUUAUGGUUCUUGCCAGAAACCAAGGGCUUGACCUUGGAAGAAUUGGACGAAGUCUUCGCCGUUUCCGCCGUCCAACACGCCAAGUACCAAACCAAGAGUUUGAUCAACUUCAUCCAAAGAUACGUUUUACGUUCCAAGGUGGCUCCAUUGCCUCCAUUGUACGACCACCAGAGAUUGGCUGUCACCAACCCAGAAUGGAACGACAAGCCAGAAGUCUCUUAUGUCGAGUAGGCUCCUUGAUAACACAUUCAUUUAUUUCCUCUUUAUAAUUAAUAGUUAACUUAGUUGUUCAAUUCUUCACAUCGCCUAGAUAGUAA